AUGGUGUAUGCCUUUGCCUUGACCUACUCUGGCUCCUUUUUCCAUGACCCUGUUUUGCCAAACUACCAUCGUCACACUCAGUCCUUUGCCAACUGUCCCAUCAAUCCUUCCACCAUCAUAAGCCUUCCUGAUUUCUUACCUCUAGGAUUGGAUGUGAUGCCGUUUAUUCAGAACCUAGGCUGGGAAUUACUGCUGUCUCCUGAAGCUUCUUCUACCCUUGUGUGUCCUGAGGCUGUCAGGUUUUUCUUUUCUAACCUGCGCUAUUUUGGCCUUCAAUCUCGCACCCUGUCUUCUCUUGUGCAUGGCCACAUGAUUACUCUUCCCCUGCAUGAUAUCAGUCGUCUACUUCAUAUUCCUUCUUUUGGGGAGGCUCUUGCCCAUCCUGCUGAACUCCCCUUAUUCAAUUUCGAUGUAGUCUCUGAGGCAGUUCACCUCACUGGUCAUGAACCUGACCAGGAUCUAUCCUUCUCUGCGGAUCUCCUUUACCCUUCCCUAAAAGCUUUUCACUACAUUUUGACCAGAGUCUUUCUUCCUCGCUCGAUUUUCCUCAAUCGUGUCCUUCCUCUAGAUAUAUGGCUCUGA